CCUCAGUCCCUCAUCAUCUCCCAUAUCCCCGAUCGUAUACUAAUCAGUUAUCAGAAAAUGGCCGGAAAACAAUGCGUCGUGUUUUUGGUGAUGGUGUGUGCCGCGAUGGCCGGAAUUGCUUCUGCACAAAGUGCUACUAACGUGAGAGCCACGUACCACCUCUACAAUCCGCAGGACAACAACUGGGACUUGCGUGCCGUGAGUGCCUACUGCGCGACGUGGGAUGCCGACAAGCCCUUGGAAUGGCGCAGCAAGUACGGAUGGACCGCCUUCUGUGGCCCCCAGGGCCCGACCGGACAAGAGGCCUGUGGAAAGUGCCUCCGAGUGACGAACACCGCGACAGGAGCACAGGCGACGGUGAGGAUUGUCGACCAGUGCAGCAACGGAGGGCUGGACUUGGACGUUAAUGUGUUUAACCAGAUAGACACGAACGGAAUUGGGUAUCAGCAAGGACAUCUUACAGUCAACUACGACUUUGUUGACUGUGGGGACUAAACUAAUUAAACCCUAGCUGGCUUCUAUCAUGAAUUGGUAAGGGAGCUAAAUUUUAUAUGUAAAAUAAGACAUGAAUAAACUUCAUCAUAGAUGAAAGAUGGAAUAAAUUAACAAAGGUGGUAUUAUUGCUUCUUCUUCUUCUUCUUCUUUAUCAGAAUGGUAUUAUUGCUUCUUGAUUAAUUAUAA